AUGACUCCGCCCCCUCCGCCUCCGGUCCCGAAGCCUCGAGCUCGCUACAUGAGGGACAGUUUAAGCUCCGCCUCCUCUCUGGACACAGAUGUGAUCGGUGAAAAUCAACAACCAGUUUUCUCUAACGGGGUUCACCAGAGCACAGGUGAAGAUGCUCCUCCUACUCUCGACCGUGGCGCCGUCUUCCCGACUCUGGCUGGCGUCACUGACAUCAUCGCCCACAGCAUGCCGUCAUUGGCUGGAUUUGCCAACUCCAUCGGAGGUUCCGCCCCCACGCCGUCGGCCCCCCCGCCCCCUCCCUCCAUAGAUAGCAUGACUAACAGCAUCGCUGCACGUAUACCUAGCUUAGCAGGAACAGCUAGCACUGUGGCUUACCCAGCGCCGCUAAGCUCCGCCUCCACCGCCGCACCUGCACCUGCUGCUAACACCGCCGCUGUUAGCUUAGACAGCAUCGUUAGCUCCUUAGCUAAUAUACCCAGCUUAGCGGGGAUUGUUACCAGUGUGGCUAACCCUGCUGUUAGCUCCGUGACGACCCCAUCAGCCCCGCCCCCUUCAGCAGAUAGGCCACACCCCUCCGCACUGAUUGGAGCCGCCCACACAGAUGUUGGAGCGCUGUCCAACCUGGUGAUGUCAUCGUUGGACCAGAACGCCGGAGUCACGUUACCGUCACUAGAUGCUGAAGUUGUUAAACUGUCUCCUCACAACGUCAAAGAAGAACAUCCGUACGUUCCUGUGUUGGCUUGUUGGGCGAGCCAGGAGGAGGCUGACACCGACUCAUCCAAUGAGGAGGAAGAUACUGGAGCUAACCACACCCCCUCAGGUGCUGAGGGACCAAUGGAAACUUCCAACCCAUCCUUAAAUACCAACAACGUCCCGUCCAGUCCGUCAGGUCGUCUGAUCCCCACUCGGCCGGCCCCGCCCCCUCCUCGUCUUCCUGGCCAAUCAGGAAAGCCUCUGAAACAAAAGAUGCCGAGAGCCGCAACCAUCAGAGUGUCCAGGAAGAAGGGGGCCGGCGGGAGUCCGGCUCCACAGAGCGCCGUGGUCCGAGCCAGCUGGCUGGAUGUCUGGAAGGGCUUCAGACACAGUGUUUUAUGGGCGACGUUGGACGGACAGCUGAUGUCUCUGUGGAAGAAACGUACCGACCGGUUCAGUGAGCUGCUCUUUCACGUCUCCAGCAUCACCAACGUGAAGAAACAGGACAAAGGAAGAUUCUCAGUUUACUUCAGGAAGAAACAUUAUGACUUCAUGGCUCACAGUGAUGAGGUCCAUGAAGGCUGGGUCACAUCUCUGCUAGCGUCUCGGGGCCAGCCAAGCCCCGCCCCCCCAGAACUCCACGGACAAAUCACCAUCAAGGACACGCGGAGCCGAGCCUACGCCGCCGUCUGGGGUCACGACCUCUGGAUUUACCCCAACAAGGAGGGCUUCCAGCUGGGCAUCGCCUCCUUCUCUGUCCCCCUGAACCUCGCCUCGGUCAAAUCUACAGGAAAACACUCGUUUACCCUCAUCACGCCAUACAAGAGCUUCAACCUGUCGGUUGAUUCGUCGAAGGACCUGUCCAUGUGGUUGGACAGUCUGUCUUCCACGAUUGCCAGCGCUUUGUCCAGCAGCCAGGUGGCGCUGCGUCUCUGGGAAAACCCCGACAACAAAGUGUGCGGUGACUGCAGCGAUGCCAACCCUGAGUGGGCGUCGGUCAACCUGCUGAUGGUCAUCUGUCACGCCUGUGCAGGUCAGCAUCGAUCUCUGGGCAGCAGCCGGUCAAAGGUACGCAGCCUGAAGAUGGACAACAAGAUCUGGACUGAACCGCUCGUACAGCUGUUUGUUGCCUACGGGAACCGGCUGGCCAAUCAGGUGUGGGCUCCAGCAGUGCCGGCGGCAGAGCAGCUGCGUCCAGAGUCAUCCGACGAGGAGAGGUCAAAGUUCAUCCAGGAUAAAUACACUAGGGGGCGCUACAGAAGAGUCCAUGCUCUGACGUCCUCUCAGGCUAUGAUGGAACAGAGGCUGUGUCAGGUGGUUUGUGGGGACGACAUAGAAGAAACAAUGUCUCUGAUCUGCUCCGGAGCAAAGGUGUGUCCAUCAGACCCUCAGACCCCCUCCCCCAUCCUGCUGGCUGAGAGAGCCGGUCAAGCUCUGCAGACCGAGCUGCUGCGCCUCAACGAGUACACAGAGGUCCCGCCUUACCUGCCCCAGUCAGCCAAUAGGAGAGCUGACUUCGCCCCCUCAGGUGAGGAGGAGGAGGAGCUUCACGGUAAACUGGAAGAAGAUCGUUUUCUCUUCUCGUUAGAAAACGACUCGGCGGCGUGCGACGUCCUCGACCUCCGAGAAGUUCUGUCCGUGUUCCUCCUGGACGGACCGGCUCAUCAGUUUGAGAUGGUGACCCUGAACGAUCAGCUGAUCUGUGCUGCUGACAACGAGGACGGGCUGCUGACUCACCUACAUCACAUCCUGAAGGUAAUUCUUCCAGGGGGCGUGUCUUAUGCUGAGGUGGGCGGGGCUUCAGCAGUCAGUAAAGUGGUUGAAAUGGGCGGAGCCUCGAGUCACUCUGACGCCUGGUUGUUGCUGUGGGAGGACGGAGUCAGUGUUCAUCCCAUCAACAGACACACAGAACCUCUGAGGAUCGAUCUGAGCACGCUCAGUCGGCACGAAAUGGAUCCAUCUGAGAACAUCAUCAACUUGAUGACGGCAGACGGCAGGAGUGUGUCGCUGCGUUUCGAGGAGCAGCACAGCUGUCAAUCCUGGUUCAAACACCUGCAGAGAGCUCUGACCAAUCAGAGAGCAGCUCCGCAGCGGCCUCCUCCUCCUACACCCAAUCAGAUUCCAGCUCGUCCGUCUCUGUACCCGGUGAUGGGUAAAGUCCCGCCUGCUGUGGAGCGCUGCAUCUCCCACAUCACCACCUUCGGUCUGAAGGUGGAGGGCGUGUACCGUCGCUGUGGUGUCGCUCCCAAAGUUACGCGAUUGGUGGAGGCCCUGACGACAUCACCUGGCUCCGCCCCUCUGGAGGGUGACGAGCAGGGCGUUCUGGACGCUGGCUCCGCCCUCAAACAAUAUGUCCGCCAACAGGAGAGUCUGGUCCCCAACGGGGAGCGCCAGCAGUGGAUCAACGCUGCAGUGAUUUCAGAUGAACGCUGCAGGUUUUCAGCCUACAGACGUUUGCUUCGACAACUUCCUGCAGACAACCGAGCGACACUGAACGCACUGUUUGGACACUUUUACAUGGUCCAGGUGUUCUCUCAGGUGAACAAGAUGUCGGCUCACAACCUGGCCGUGGUUCUGGUCCCGACUCUGUUCCAGGGUCUGAACCAGGAUCUGCUGAGACUCACCAGAGAGUUCAUCAUCCACCACACGCUGCUGUUCCUGACUCCUCAGAGAGAGGAGGAGGACGAGCAGGAGGAGCAGAUCACUGUGUUCUAGAGGAGAAGACGAAGAAGUUCUCAGUUCAGAUUUUAAACAAUGUUUACAGAUGAACUCUUUAAAAACUAAAGCUGUUUUGGGGGGAAAAAAUAAUAUAAAAUCAAGUUUAACUCCUUCAUACAUUUAAAAGACAAGUUUGAAGUCAGUUUACACUUUAUCAUCAUUUUAACUAAAUCAGAACAAACAGCAGGAAUAAACUAUUGAAUAAUAAAUGUAUCAUAAUGAAGCUGUGACUCUUCGGCUGAAAAUAUAAAGCUGUUUGUUUUUUACUGGUAGAAAGAAGUUUCAUAUUUGCAGAAACUCAGGAGAUUUUAAAUGUUUAUCAUCUCGUAUUUUAUCACCUUUUAUUUUGUCAUCAAUAUAAAAGUCUCAUUGUUCAUUAACUAAGAUGUUAUUUUAAUCUCUUUUAUUUUGAAAGUGUGAACAGGGUAAGGGGUUAACACACGACUGCCACAGUUUGUUUCCAGUGUAUUGAUCCAAUAUAUAAAUAUAUUAAGAUGCUGCCUGUCUCUGUUUGUUGUUUAUUAAAAAAACAGCUGUUG